UCCGUGUUUUGUGAGAUCUGAUAGCGCAGCAUGGCUGGCAAUUACCACACAAGCUUGCUUUCUUGACGGGAAAUGGGUGGUCCUAAUACGGCCAGUUGCUCAGUCUUGAUCCCAAAGAUGGAACGUAGGCAACUUGUUUUUACAAUCUUUGGACUCAAACGACAUUAAUGAUAAAUCAAGAUUAUACAUGGACUAAUACUGACACAUUUUGCCCAUUAUGACCAUGGUGUUGGCAAGAAGGCUCCUGCUAUUUGCGCUAGCAUGUUUGGCUUCGGCUUCGUCUUCAGCAGAAACUGGAAGCCAUUUGGUUAUAACCCCACAGUCUCCAGUGCUCCAGAUUGGGACUAACUUCACAGCUACAUGUGUGAUCAUUGGAACAACCGAAGUCACAGCAGAUGACCUCUACUGGAAUCUUUCACAGAUCGUUAUCCCAAGCAAUCAGUACACCAAGAUCAAUGAGUCAGCACUCAGUGUCACUAUCCCUGUCGACAAUGAAGAGUCAGAGUGGUUAUUUUGCCACUGCAAGGAAAAGUCCUCCUAUGUUUUCUUCAACAAGGGCAAAUUUAUUCACGGGAUCCACCUAACAAAAGUCUAUCCUCCAGAGAAGCCCAAGAAUCUGACCUGUAUAGUAGUUCAGGGGGUACAUUAUAUGUCAAAAGACUUCAAGUGCUCAUGGGAACCACCCGAACACCACAUCAAGGAAAUGCCGACAACAUAUACGUUACAUGUUGAAGCCAUCCAGAAUAAUCAAGCCUACAAUGUGUCAACACAAAAAAAUACUGCUACGGUGACAAUGGAAGUAUUCCUGUUCCAUUUGGACCUGGAAAUUUGGGUUGUAGCUGACAAUCAACUGGGAACUGUCGAGUCUGAACAUCUGAAACAAGAAGCUACCUCGUUUGCCAAAACAAACCCUCCAUCAAGUGUUGAAGUCUUUUCAGAGGAAUCAUUUCCCACAUCCCUUCUCAUAAACUGGAAACAUCCAAUUCCUAAACAAAAGAUUGUGUUAAAAUACCAAAUCCGGUAUUGCCUAAAUGGAUCUCACAAUUGGAUUAGUGUACCUAUGGUUCUUAUUACCAAAGAGGCUGAGUCCUUUAGACUCCAAAACCUCCAACCUGAUACAGUUUAUACCACUCAGGUGCGCUGUAAACAUGCCAACAAGGGAUAUGGGUAUUGGAGCAAUUGGAGUGCUAACGUGACCGAGAAAACACACGCAUAUAGACCAACAAGUAAACCAGAUUUAUGGAACAUAAUUACAGAACGUGUCAAUGAGCGUCAGGUCAAGUUUAUUUGUAAGAAUCCUGUGUUGUCAAAUGGAAAGAUAACGGGCUUCAAGAUAAAGAUUCAAACCCGAAAAGAUGACAUGAUGAAUAGAAAUAUGUCGUGGGAGAAUAUUCCUGUCAAGGAGCCAGAGGUCGACAGCUUCCGUAGCCACAAGUUCACCGUCUUAAAACAGAUGACCCUGCCGGACAACAUAAGUGCCCGAGUGUAUGUCACCGCCAUCAAUUCUGCGGGGGAGUCUCCUCAGGCAUCAAUCGGUAUCCCAGAGAGAGCGCUUGAUCGUGACCCAGUGGAGGGAUUUAAAGUGCACCCACAAGGGGACACAUUUUUCCUCAAAUGGAAUCCUCCCAACAAUUCAGCUGUGACACAAUAUGUUGUGCAGUGGGUUAGUGCUAAUGACAUGGACUGGCAGAGGGAAAGCAAAACCACCCAGCAAACUACUAUCAAAGGCAACAUCGAGAAGUUUAUUUGCUACAACAUAUCUGUAUAUCCCAUAUACUCUGGAUGGACGGGAAAACCAGCAAGAGUAGAAGCUUUUCUUGAGGAACGAGCUCCUUUGGUAGGCCCCUCUGUUCGACUUAAUGGUAAACCAGGACGAAAUCAAGCAAAGCUUGUGUGGAAUGAAAUUCCGCAACACGAACAGCAAGGCUUCAUCACUAACUACACAAUUUUCUAUUCAAGUGGGAGUAAACGCUCAGCAAUCACCGUACCAGCGACCGUCACCUCAUAUGUCCUGACUUCACUGUCAGCUAACACCAAGUAUGAUGCCUGGAUCAGGGCAUCCACCAAUGGGGGCUCGACCGAUGGCACAAAACAUUCAUUUACCACCCUGGAAUAUGCACCGGGGGACAUUGAGAUGAUUGUGGUUGGAGUGAGUCUUGGCUUUCUCUUUGUGGUUCUCUUAACCAUGUUGCUGUGCAUCUACAAAAAAGACGUAAUCAGGAAGAAUUUAUGGCCUUGGAUCCCAAACCCGAGAAAGAGCACCAUUAGAAACUGGUCCCCUGAUUAUCCUUUAAAACCAGAGACACCAAAGGAGAACUUUCUGUCUGGCAUCUGUGUGCUUGAUGUGGACGUAAGUGAUGGGAAAUCGGUGUCUGAGGAAGACAAAACGAGCCUGGCUCUCAAGAAGGACAAGUAUCUGUCUGAGGAGCACAGCAGUGGCAUCGGAGGCUCCUCUUGCAUGUCUUCACCUCGUCAGAGUGUGUCUGACAGCGAUGAGGGUGCUGACAUUGCUGACACCACAGCCAGCACUGUUCAGUACUCCUCAGUGGUGGCCUCGAAUGGUUACAAAGGCCAGACCCCAAGCGCCCAACCUCAGCAGCUCAUUUUCUCCCGUUCCGAGUCCACACAGCCACUUCUGGACUCUGAGGAGAACCCGGACCUUUUAGUGCAGGAGGGCAGCGGAGCUUCCCAACCAUUCUCACAAGUGCCUUGCUUCUCACACUCUGCAUGGAACCAAGACAAUGGCAGCUUUCCUGAGUUGAACCAGCUGGAGGUGGAGCCACAGGAGGUCCUGUUGCAGCUGGACAUGUGUCCCUCGGGAGAAGACAGUGAGCAGAAAACACUUGCAGACGGCCAGUCCCUCUCCAGUUACAUGCCACAGCUUGGUGGCUAUAGGCCACAGUAAGAACGUUUACAGGACAAGCCUGUGGUUUGUAGAUGACGUGACAAAUUAUGUGCCAGUGUUGAUGUUGCAUGUUCAUUUCAAGUCUUCGGUAAUCCCAAAAGGAUACUAUUACUUCUGUUCUCUGUUUGCUCUUAACGAAGCAGAACAACAUUUUCAAAAAAAUAAUGGGAACACAUAUAUUCCAGAUGAAAAUCCUUUGAUGAUGUUGAAUGAAGAACAUGUCGUCGGAAUGAUCCCUGGAACACAAGUCCGAACGCCACAAAAGACUGGAUACAGAAUCAUACUCAAAUCACUCAAUAUCUAAGUCUCUCUGGUAGUAAAGAUGUAUGCAUGGCUGCCAUGUUGCGUCAUACAGUGGAACCUAGAUCCGACGGGCUAAUUGGAGGAAGGGGUCCGUCCGUUUGAGCCAGUUGUCCAUUACAUCAAAGUGCUUUUUUUUGUGCUCUUAAAACCACCCACUACAGUGAAAAGUUAUUGUUUUGUACGUUUUUCCAUAGCCUGAAAAUACCCACUACAGUCCAAAAUUACUGUAAAUAUAUGUGUGGGGGGGCUCGAAACUGAAUGAAAAGUUUACUCAAACUCACCUUGGUGGUGGUGCUUGGGGCGAGGAUAAUGGCGUCUAUCUGAUCGCAGUCAUGAGCCACGAUGUUAACACAUGCCUAUUUCACCUUCAUUACGAUUAAAUGCGAUAGAUAAGGUCUUUCCCCACCAAAAAAACAACAGUACCCCCCCCUCCAAAAAAAAAAAUGCUAAGCUAAUGUCCAGGCUUUUCAUUACCGCUACAUAUAGUAUGCACAUGCAUUGCUUUUGCUGGGAAAAUUGUCACUGCCAACAUGGCCGCAACAUUGGCAACCAUUUCAGCCUGCUCUAGUCUACUGUUGGCCUUUUUCCACCAUGCUUGUGCUAAUGCUAGUUCCAAGUCACUACCCAGGUUAGCACCAGUUAUUUCUUCCUCCCCACCAAAAUUGGCUCUCGCUGUAGCCAACCUCGCAAUCUUCUACAACGAUUAAUAAAGAUAUAAGCGUUGCUGAUUACAUCUUCUGACUGUUACAUACUACAUCCAAGUAUAAUCAAUGCUAUCUUAUGUUGCCUAGCAGAUGCUUACAGCGCAUUAUUAUUAAUGGCGCAGCCGCUCUUGGCUAAACGUUGACAGAAGCAGUGUCGUUUGGAUGCUUUACAAUGACGGAAUGACGUAGCUCCGACUUGGCUCUUUGUAAAAACUUGUUAAGCACCAACUCAGCACAGCACUGGCCCUGGCACCGAACGUGCACCAAGUUUUUUUGGGGGGUGGAAAAGGGGUAUGUACGUCUGUUGUCUGUGAUGAGAGCAGCGCAAGUUGGAAAUAUGUGAGCAGUUUCUGUCUGUUGAUGCUGCAACAGCGCUGUUUAUUGGCGCCGUGGCCAAUUGCAGCCAAUUCCGGAACUAACAGAGUUUGAAAGGUACUGUACAAAGAAGAUUGUACAGUGAUCCCUUGCUAUUUCACGCUUCGUUUAGCGCGGCUUCAGUGCAUCGCGGAUUUUUUUCAAACAUAUUCAUAAAAA